AUGCCGGCAGAUGCUACCGAUGAAUACAUCAAAAUAGGAGAAUCUACAACUUUAGAAAGCUUGAAGCGAUUUUGUUGUGCUGUUGUUGAGGUGUUUGGAGCCCACUAUCUCCGAUCACCCAACGCUCAUGAUGUUGCAAGACUACUCCACAUUGGUGAACGUCGAGGUUUUCCAGGAAUGUUGGGAAGUUUGGAUUGUAUGCAUUGGAAAUGGAAAAAUUGUCCAACUGCUUGGGGAGGACAAUAUGCCGGUCGUAGUGGGUCCCCGACUAUUAUUCUUGAAGCAGUAGCUGACUAUGAUCUUUGGAUAUGGCAUGCAUAUUUUGGCUUACCAAGAUCUAAUAAUGACAUUAAUGUGUUAGAGGCAUCCCAUCUUUUUCCUAAUCUGGUUGAAGAAGAUGAACGUGAUCUAAAUGCACCAAUUAAAGAGCGUGUCGAAGUGCCAAGUCCAGAAGUUGAGAUGCUAGAAGAUGAUAAUGCUCGGUUGGUGGAGCCACCUGAAAAGGUCAAAGACUUGAUCAAAUUGAUGGAUGAGCAGUUAGACAUCUCUUAUAAGUUUGUAUUCAAAAACCUCAUUCAAGAGUUCUCAUCCACAAAACUCACUGGUGUUAAAGAAGUUUGA